GCUUGUCGGGAUGUCGGAUUUGCAUACCUCAUCAACACUGGUAUCGAAGAUGGGGAGGUACAGAACAUGUUUGACUGGUCAAAGAAGCUAUUUGCUCUUCCACUCGAAACGAAGUUGAAGGCAAAGCACCCACCCGAAGGUUGGAAGCACAGAGGCUACAGCGCCGUUGGAAUGGAGAAGGUUUCCGAGGGCUUUCAGGCCAAGCCCAGCCCUGCACAACACUACCUCAAAGAGUCCUUUGACAUGGGCUCCGACGCCCCUACUGCUCGCUUGGAGAACGUCUGGGUUCCCGAAGAAGACCUUCCCGGGUUCCGCGACGCAUCGUGCCACUUCCAGGCAGUCUGUCGCCACUUCCAGAUGACAAAGCUCUUGCCCGCGCUCGCGAUGGGCAUUCCCGGCGUGAACGAUAAGGCGUUCUUCGAGAAGUUUCAUAAAGCGGAGGAUAAUCAACUGAGGCUUCUCAGAUAUCCUGGUGGCGAACCGGAGGUGUUCGGAAAGGAUGCGCAGGACGGGAGGAGGUGCGGGGCGCAUUCGGACUUUGGAACGUGCACGCUUCUCUUCCAGGAUGACGUCGGCGGACUCGAGGUUGAAGAUCCACAUUUGCCCGGGACAUUCGUACCUGUCCCUCCCGUCCCUGGCGCGGUCGUGUUCAACGUCGGUGAUCUGCUCAUGCGGUGGUCGAACGACACCUUAAGAUCGACGCUCCACCGCGUUGUCGCGCCACCUUUCGCAGCCAGCAAGGACGGACGGGUACCAGAGCGGUACUCAAUACCCUACUUCAUGUCGCCAGAUAGGCAAGCGUUCGUCGAGUGUCUCCCUGGGUGCUCGGGCCCAGAUCGCCCAGUGCGGUACCCAAGCGUAAGCGCUCAGAAGUACAUCGACGAUAGGCUCAAUGCGACGUACUGA